AUGGCCACCUCCACGCCCACCUUCGACACCGUCUACACCCAUCUAACGACCAGAUAUGGCUUCCCUGUCCUUCCUCACCCCUCUGCCCACGGCCAUGACAAAAUCCUGGCCGGCACCAUCUCUGAUCUCUCUAUCCACCCUACUCUAGAAGCAAUCCUCCACAUCCUCAACGCCGAUCUCAGCAGCGCUCACUUCCUCUGCAGACAUAUGCAGAACCGUCCUGCUUACGAAGGAAUGUAUAUCCACGGCCUACUCCACCGAGUCGAAGGCGAUUACCGUAAUGCCGAAGCCUGGUACGGCGACGUUUCUGCCUCGGACGCCUUCAGGAGCGCAUGGCCGGGUGAGAGUGGCCUAGAUGAUGCGAAAGCGUUUAUUGGGCGGGUGGAGAAGUUGCGGAAGCAGAAGGUGGGUGAUGCGAAGAAGAUUGAGGAGCAGAGUCGGAAGGAGAUUGAGGCGUUGGUGGGGUGGUGUAAGGAGAAGUUCGGGGUCGGACGGGUAGAAGAUGCGACCACUGUGUGGGUCAAGCCAGGCGAGAAGGAGCGGGAGAUUGCAGCUAAGAUGCUUGUUGGUGGGGAGGGGUGGCGGCAAUUCUGA